UAAUGGUAAAACUGGAAUUGCGUUAUCGAUCAAUCCUGUGUAGUUUGUCCAAUUGAUGACGCUGUAGUAUGGGCUGUACGUGUGCCCUUACUCAAUAUGGCCACCUGACAGUCCAUUAGGGCCAACGGCUUUUGUGUGCGGCUGAAGCCGAGCUGUGCCAGUAGCAGACAUGGCGGCGAGGGGUCUCCGGCAGAGAGUCAGGCGAGGAAGCAAGCAGGAGGCAAACAGCGGGAGCCCCAAUGUCGGCAGCGACCCCAGGAUCAGAGACGAAAUCAAAGGAUCGGAGGAGAGUAAAACCUCGGAAACCAGGAAUGAGGGCUCCAGCAGGGCGGGGCAGGUGUGGGCGCCCGAGGGCUCCACGGCCUUCAAGUGCCUGGUCUCCGCCCGCUUCUGCGCCGCGCUGCUCAGCAACAUCUCCGACUGCGACGAGACCUUCAACUACUGGGAGCCCACCCACUUCCUGCUGUACGGGAAGGGCAUGCAGACCUGGGAGUACUCGCCCACGUACGCCAUCCGCUCCUACGCCUACCUGUGGCUCCACGCCCUCCCGGCCUGCUUCCACGCCAGGAUCCUGCAGACCAACAAGGUCCUGGUCUUCUACUUCCUGCGCUGCCUGCUGGCCUUCGCCUGCUGCGUCUGUGAGCUCUACUUCUACAAGGCCGUGUGCAAGAAGUUCGGGCUCCACGUGGGCCGCCUCAUGCUGGCGUUUCUGGUGCUGAGCGCGGGGAUGUUCUGCUCGGCCGCAGCCUACCUGCCGAGCAGCUUCUGCAUGUACUGCACCCUGGUGGCCAUGACAGGCUGGUUCCAGGACCGGCCGGGGGUGGCCGUGCUGGGGGUGGCCGCCGGGGCCCUCGUGGGGUGGCCCUUCAGUGCCCUGCUGGGGCUCCCCAUCGCCUUCGACCUGCUGCUGCUGCGCAGGAGGUGGAGGAGCUUCCUCUCCUGGACGCUGCUGGCCCUGGCGCUGCUCCUGGUCCCUGUGGUGGUGCUGGACAGUCACUACUACGGCAAGCUGGUGAUCGCCCCUCUCAACAUCGUCCUCUACAACGUCUUCACCCCCCAUGGGCCCGACCUAUACGGCACAGAGCCCUGGCAUUACUACUUCGUGAACGGCUUCCUGAACUUCAACCUGGUGUUCGUGCUGGCGCUGCUGGCCCUGCCCCUCACCGCGAUCAUGGAGGCCUUGCUGCACCGCUUCAACGUGCAGAACCUGGGCCGGCCCUACUGGCUCACCCUGUCACCCAUGUACAUCUGGAUGCUGGUGUUCUUCACACGCCCCCACAAGGAGGAGCGCUUCCUGUUUCCCAUCUACCCCCUCAUCUGCCUGUGCGGAGCUGUGGCGCUGUCGUCCCUGCAGAAGUGCUACCACUUCCUGUUCCAGCGGUACCGCCUGGAGCACUACACAGUGUCCUCCCACUGGCUGGCCCUGGGCUGCGUCCUGCUGUCCUCCUUGCUGUCUCUCUCGCGCUCCGUCGCCCUGUUCCGAGGGUACCACGCUCCCCUCGACCUGUACCCAGAAUUCCACCGCAUCGCCAAGGACCCCAGCAUCCACACGGUGCCCGAGGGCAGGCCGGUCAGUGUGUGUGUGGGCAAGGAGUGGCACCGCUUCCCCAGCAGCUUCCUGCUGCCCGACAACUGGCAUCUGCAGUUCAUCCAGUCGGAGUUCCGGGGACAGCUGCCCCAGCCGUACCCCCAGGGCCCCCGCGCCACGCAGACGGUGCCUGAGCACGUGAACGACCAGAACCUGGAGGAGCCCUCCCGAUACGUGGACAUCAAGCAGUGCCACUACCUGGUGGACCUGGACACUGCGGCUGAAGCUCCUCGAGAGCCUCGCUACGCGGCCAACAAGGAGGAGUGGACUGUCAUCGCCUACAAGCCCUUCCUGGACUCCGCCAGGUCCUCUCGGCUGCUGCGGGCCUUCUUCGUGCCAUACCUGUCCGAUCAGCACACCAGCUACACCAGCUACGUCAUCCUCAAGCCCAGGAGGCCCAAACCGGCCCGGAAACGGACUCAGCCCUGACCGCCUGCGCCCCCCGCCCCAGCCUCUCCUCCCUCUCCGCCCGCCAGCCUGCGGGGUGCCCCGUCUCGCCAGCGCGCAGGUCACUGGGGUGAGUGGGCGCUGGACUGGAGCGCUCCCUCUGCGGGGGUCCCCACGGGCUCCACACACGUCACAAUACAGGGGUCCCCACGGGCUCCACACAUGUCCAAUACAGGGGUUCCCACAUGCUCUACACACGUCAAAACAUAGGGGUCCCCACAGGCUCCUCACAUGUCCAAUACAGGGGUCCCCACAUGCUUUGCACAUGUCAAAUUACAGGGGUCCCCACUGGCCUGUCACACAUCAAGUACAGGGGUCCCCACAGACUCCUCACAUGUCCAAUACAGGGGUCCCCACAGGCUCUACACACAUCAAAAUACAGGGGUCCCCACAUGCUUUGCACAUGUCAAAUUACAGGGGUUCUCACUGGCCUGUCACACAUCAAGUACAGGGGUUCCCACAGACUCCUCACAUGUCCAAUACUGGGGUCCCCACAGGCUCCUCAAAUGUGAAAUACAGGGGUCCCCACAGCCUGUCAUACGUCAAAUACAGGGGGUCCAGCUGACCAGUGCAGCCCUCCUCUCCCCAGGGGGAGCUCUGAGCCACACGGCGCCACCCCCCCAGCGCGCGGUCCUCGGGGAGGAGUGGGUGGAGACGGGGGCGUGAAUCGUGUGUCUUCUUCCGAUCGCGAGCGGCCCUCCUCUCUGUGAGCGCGUGUGGGAGGGCGGGCCUGCGGCCAGUGGUCCGGAGGCCGUCUGCUUGUGUCCAGUGUUUUGAAGUUGUCGUGGCGCCGGCCCGGAGAACUCUCGGCGCUCCUGGGGCAGAGUUGAAACCCGCGGGGAUGCGCCCGCUGCCCCAGAGGCCUCCGGGGGUUUUGCUGACUGGGAAGCGGUGUGUGACUGUGGAGCUGUGGAGCUCCCUGUCCGGCCUACAUGUCGGGGUGAAACAGCAGCCACGGUUUCCAGGCACCCCUGAAGACCGCAGCGCCCCGCUCCUGUCCCAUGAUGCCCUGUCGGUGAGCCGCACUCACGCGUACGCUGAGGGGGGGGUCCGAUUCUCUUUCAUCCUUUCAUUCCGGUUUGUUGCCACAUUCCCACUUCGGUUGUCCUCCCAGCAGAGCUUAUCCCUUCUGCUGCUGUUCCUUUUCCAUUACAGUCAGACUGCGUUUGGGGGCGGGGAGGGGGGAUAGAGAAGGAGGAAGAAAAUGAGCAUCCUGGAAGUCAGGUGACACUUUCUCAGCACAAGAAAUAAAAACCUAUUGUGGGUUCUGGCCCAGCAACCCUGAUGUAGAGGGUUUAUCCUCUGACCCUGACUGUCCUGGGGGAGCUGCCUGGCACAGAGAGUUGUGGAGGACAGGGCUCAACCCCAGCGGUCUCCUCCUCCCCCCUGGCCUCGGAGGGCCGUGCUCAGUGAGGGGGGUGGGGAGGUUUGGUGAAGAGUAAUGGGUUAUUCUGGGACUUCUUUCUCUAUUUUUUCGGAGGGGGUUGGAGAUUGUGUUUGUGUUUGACCUUCUGGCUGGGUAGCUGGGUUUUGGUAGGGGUGUCUGGUCAUGCAGCCACUGAAGAGGGGAGAGGGCACCUCCUGUCAGUGUUUACAUUCUGGGUGUCUGGUGUGUUGUACAGGAAAACCAAACAAGUGUUCAAAUCAAAUAAAAAAAGCCAAAAUCAAAU